UGAACAUUUUUUUUCUUCUUUUUUGUGUGUGUGUGUGUGUGUCAAAUCCGGCCCGAGUACCGUUGUUCUCUGACCCGGUGAAGUGGAUUAAAUUGUUUUAGAGUUAACACAGCUUCCUUUGGCGUUUUGUCUCACAGCUGUUACCAUGGCUGUCGAGUGAAAUCGGACCGGCGUAACUCGGAUUGGAGAAACGGACUGAGCCAAAACGUCUCUUUUUCAGGUGUCAGCUGGUGAAGUGUUUGUGUGAGUGUGUGUGUGCGUGCGCGCGUGAGUGUGUGAGUGUGCGUGCGUGGAGGCACGUGUGUCUUCUCAGCCCAGCCAGUGUUUUUGGAGUGGAGUGCGGCCUGAGCACAUUUCACAGGGACAAUGAGCGAGCUGGAACAGUUACGCCAGGAAGCUGAGCAACUACGCAAUCAGAUCCGGGAUGCCAGGAAAGCCUGCAGCGACUCAACUCUUUCACAGAUCACAGCUGGUCUGGACUCAGUGGGCCGGAUACAGAUGCGGACGCGGCGUACACUCAGGGGCCACCUGGCCAAAAUAUAUGCAAUGCACUGGGGGAGUGACUCCAGGUUACUUGUCAGUGCCUCACAAGAUGGAAAGCUCAUCAUAUGGGACAGCUACACAACAAAUAAGAUGCAUGCCAUCCCGCUGCGUUCUUCAUGGGUGAUGACGUGCGCCUACGCCCCCUCUGGGAACUAUGUGGCCUGUGGAGGUCUUGACAACAUCUGCUCCAUAUACAGCCUGAAGACCCGCGAGGGCAACGUGCGUGUCACCCGAGAGCUACCGGGGCACACAGGGUAUUUGUCCUGCUGUCGGUUCUUGGAUGACAGCCAGAUCCUAACCAGUUCCGGAGACACCACCUGUGCAUUGUGGGACAUAGAGACAGGCCAGCAGGCAACUGCCUUCACCGGCCACACAGGCGAUGUGAUGAGCUUGUCUCUUAGUCCAGACUAUAAGACUUUCGUGUCAGGAGCUUGUGACGCCACCUCCAAGCUGUGGGAUAUCCGCGACGGCAUGUGCCGGCAGUCGUUCACCGGCCACGUGUCUGACAUCAACGCCGUCUGUUUUUUCCCCAAUGGGAACGCAUUUGGCACGGGCUCAGAUGACGCCACCUGCAGGCUGUUUGACCUGCGUGCCGACCAGGAGCUGAUGGUGUACAGCCACGACAACAUUAUCUGCGGCAUCACCUCUGUGGCCUUCUCCAAGAGCGGGCGCCUGCUGUUGGCCGGAUACGACGACUUCAACUGCAACGURUGGGAUACUCUUAAAGGAGAGCGAGCGGGGGUGCUUGCAGGCCACGACAACAGAGUGAGCUGCUUAGGAGUGACGAACGACGGCAUGGCCGUGGCUACCGGCUCCUGGGACAGUUUCCUUCGGAUUUGGAACUAACACAUUCGCCUGAUGUACUCAGUCACUGCCCACCACCUCUGUCCCGCAGCCCCCUCUCUACAGAUCCAAAACCAUUUGCCGGGCUGGACCUGAGGGGUGCACAUUGUAUCAGCUGAAACCUUUUUAUUUGUUCCCCACUCCUCUCAGCUGAAAACUCGUUCUAACUAAAGGGUUUGUUUUUUUGUUUUGUUUUUCUUCCCCCCCACCUAGCCAUUACACAGCAACRAAAACCUUUUUCUUCUUUUUCCUUUUGUAGAUUUGUCCAGUAAAAACUAAAGAAAGCAUUUAAAAAUACUGGAAAAACUAAAGAAAACUAAGAGGAUUUCCGGCUUCACCUGAUUUUUUUUCUAGGGGCAUUAAAGUGCAUCUGCUGCCAUAAAUAACAAGCAA